AUGGAGGACUCCGCACGGUUAUCAAUGCUGUCCAUAAAAAACGAUCGCGAUGACAGACAUCGAAAACGCCGCUCUCAUCGAGAUGAGUCAGAUUACCACUAUGGUUCUAAUUUCUACUAUCGGGAAUCCAAUAACCACUAUUCGGGAUAUGUAGAUAAAUACGAUGAUAAUAAUUAUCAAGAUAGAUAUCCAAGAUCAUACACUGAACAAGAUGAUUACAGUCGACAUCACAAGAAGUCCAAGCAUCGUAGUCCUAGUGGUGAAACUAGUCAUGAACAUAAACGUUCUCAUCGUAAGAAAUCUCGCAAGUCUUCAAAACGUGACAAGAGUAGUCGUAAGUCAGUGUCUGAUCAUGAGGAUAAAUCUUCGUCGCUAGUUGAAAAUGAAGAAAAUGAGGAAGAUAUUAUUAAACGAAGACGCUUAGAACGACAAAAACUAUUGGAAAAGUUAGAGACUGAAAACCAAACUGAAGUUGCUUCUGUUACUAAAGAUGCGGAAAAGCCAAACUCUGAAAUAAAUCAGGUUGACAGUCUAACAGAUAUGUGUACGUUUGAUGACACAGAAGACUUUGACUUCGAAAGUUUUGUACAAGCCAAGUUAGAGUGCAUUAAGGCAGCUCCAACAAAUAAUUCAGAUCAGUCAUAUUCACCAAGUGGACGUUUAUCAGGUUUACAAGCUCCUGCAGCAAUGGCACUUCUUCAAGACAAAAGAAAAACUGAAUCACAUAUGAAUACAUGUAAUUCCAGAACCACGGCGUUUGAUAUGUUUGCUGAGGAAUUUGAGGUGGAGUUACAUCAUGCACCAGGCACGAUGGCAAUAGGCGCUAUGGCUUCUGAAAAUCACUCUCUUACAGACAACUGGGAUGAUGCAGAGGGAUAUUACCGUGUUCGUAUUGGUGAAGUUUUGGACAAACGAUAUACUGUUUAUGGAUAUACUGGACAUGGGGUGUUUUCAAACGUUGUUAGAGCCAGAGACAGCGCUCGUGGUAAUUUAGAGGUUGCAGUUAAGAUAAUAAGAAACAAUGAUGUGAUGCACAAAUCUGGUCUGAAAGAAUUAGAAGUACUGAAAAAACUCAAUGAUGCUGAUCCACACGAUCGUUUCCAUUGUUUACGACUAUAUCGUCACUUCUUUCAUAAAAAUCACUUGUGCAUGGUAUUCGAGUUGAUGAGUUUAAAUCUACGUGAAGUAUUAAAAAAAUAUGGACGUAAUAUUGGGCUGCAUAUUGCUGCCAUACGCUCGUAUACACAACAGCUUUUGUUAGCUUUAAAAUUAAUGCGCAAGUGUGGUAUUUUACAUGCAGAUAUCAAACCUGAUAAUAUACUGGUAAAUGAAAGCAAAAUACUCCUUAAGUUAUCUGAUUUUGGAUCAGCGUCUACUGUACAGGAUAAUGAUAUUACACCUUAUCUUGUUUCACGUUUUUAUCGUGCCCCAGAAAUAAUUUUAGGUGUUCCCUAUGACUACAAUGUGGAUUUAUGGUCUACAAGUGUAACGCUAUUUGAAUUACACACUGGGAAAAUUAUGUUCCCUGGAAAGACUAAUAAUGAAAUGUUACGCUUGAUGAUGGAGGUCAAAGGACGUAUGCCAGGUCGUGUAAUUCGUCGUGGAAUGUUUCGUGCUCAACAUUUUGAUGAACAGUGCAAUUUUAUUCAUCAUGAAGUGGAUAAAGUAACACAAAAGGAUAAAACGACAGUGAUUCGCAAUUUACAGCCUACAAGAGAUUUAAUGAAAGAUCUUGUUGGCCAGUCGAAGUUGAGUGAACCAAUCCUCCGAAAGGUAACACAAUUUCGUGAUCUGUUAGAAAGAACGCUAAUGCUUGAUCCUACACGCCGUAUUUCCUUGAACGAAGCUUUACAACAUCCUUUUAUCACAGAGCGUAUGUCUGCUAACGCUGAGUCAAAUAAACAACAACAACAACAGCAACAACAACAACAACCGCCUCCACUACAGUGA